AUGCCGCGUCAAACGCUAGCUCGCAACGCAAGGCGCAAUGCUGACAAGCCUGGUCCUGGCGAUGUACAGCGCAAGAUCAAGCUCAUCACUGAGCAGAAUAUCAUCGACAAGCCUGCCAUGCAGGAGGGCUUUCCUAUGCGAAAGUGGAAUGUCGAGAUCUUCCUUCUAGACCAGCAGGGCAAGCAGCACAAGGCGGACUGUUUCCAGAAGGUUGUCUACAACCUGCAUCCUUCCUUCGAGAACCCCGUCCAGACUUUCACCGAGGCACCAUUCAAGUGUGAGAAUGAGGGAUGGGGUGAGUUCGAGAUGGUCAUCGACCUGUACUACACGGACAAGAGCGGAAAGAUCUCUGUCCCGCACGACCUCAACUUCCAGAAGAACCGCUACGAGCACAUCCGGGAUGUGACCUUCAAGAACCCCAGCCAGGCGCUCCAGAACCUUCUUCGCGACACUGGCCCUCUUCCUUCGGACGACGACCGCAAACGUAAGGCGGACGGUGUGUCCAAGAAGGCGAAGAAGUCGUUCGACGUGGAGAAGAUGGCAGACGCGUUGGUCCGGCUUGAGGAGGACGACCUGCUCCAUGUCAUUCAGAUGAUCCACGACCACAAGACGGACGACACCUACAUCCAGAAUAACGUCGAUGCGGGCGAGUUCUCUGUCGACCUGUUCACCAUCCCUGACAACCUCGGGAAGAUGAUCUGGGACUACCUGGUCAAGCAGAAGGUCAUUGAGGUUUAA